AACCAUGGCCUGAGCUUUAAAGGCACCAGCUCCUCCUCCUGCCCCAACCCACCCACAGGGCCCCUCCUCUCCAUCUCCCAGGCUCAGCUUUCCAUCACAAAGCUCCCCCAACCUGGUCUUGUCCCCGCCUCCUCUGCCCCGCAACCACCUCUCAGACGCUUUAGGCUCUCUGGCAGAGCCGGCGGCGCGUGGUGGGGAUGCGCUCCAUGAGAGCUCUCCAGAAUACCCUGAGCCGGGCCGGCAGUCACUGCCCUGGGGGAGGCUGGGGUCAUCUAAGCCGGAGUCCCCUCCUUGGCUGGGGCGUCCGGCACCACCUCAGUGAGGCCGCGGCGCAGGGCAGGGAGACGCCGCACAGCCACCAGCCGCCGCACCAGGAUCAUGAUUCGUCAGAGAGUGGCAUGCUGUCCCGCCUGGGUGAUCUGCUCUUCUACACUAUUGCCGAGGGACAGGAACGAAUCCCCAUCCACAAGUUCACUACUGCAUUGAAGGCCACUGGUCUGCAGAGGUCAGAUCCCCGGCUCCGGGACUGCAUGAGCCAGAUGCACCGCAUGGUUCGAGAGUCCAGCAGUGGUGGCCUCUUAGACCGAGACCUCUUCCGAAAGUGUGUGAGCGGCAACAUUGUGCUCCUGACCCAGGCAUUCCGAAAGAAGUUUGUCAUUCCUGAUUUUGAGGAGUUCACGGGCCAUGUGGAUCGCAUCUUUGAGGAUGCCAAAGAGCUCACUGGAGGCAAAGUGGCGGCCUACAUCCCUCACCUGGCCAAGUCAAACCCAGACCUGUGGGGCGCAUCCCUGUGCACCGUGGACGGUCAGAGGCACUCUGUGGGCCAUACCAAGAUCCCCUUCUGCCUGCAGUCCUGUGUGAAGCCCCUCACGUAUGCCGUCGCCAUCAGCACCCUAGGCACUGACUACGUGCACAAGUUCGUGGGCAAGGAGCCCAGCGGCCUGCGCUACAACAAGCUCUCCCUCAACGAGGAAGGAAUUCCCCAUAACCCCAUGGUCAAUGCUGGUGCCAUUGUCGUCAGCUCCCUGAUCAAGAUGGACUGUAAUAAAGCAGAGAAGUUUGAUUUUGUGUUGCAGUAUCUGAACAAAAUGGCUGGAUAUGAAUACCUGGGCUUCAGCAAUGCUACGGAAGGUGUUUUUUCCCCUUCUCCCCAUACCUGCCCCUCAAAUUUCAAGUACUAAAUUGGGUGCUUAUUUCAGAUUCCAGUCAGAGAAGGAAACUGGGGAUCGGAAUUAUGCCAUCGGCUAUUAUCUCAAGGAAAAGAAGUGCUUUCCUAAGGGGGUAGACAUGAUGGCUGCCCUUGACCUCUACUUCCAGCUGUGUUCCGUGGAGGUCACCUGUGACUCAGGCAGUGUCAUAGCAGCCACCCUUGCCAACGGCGGGAUCUGCCCCAUCACAGGGGAGAGUGUGCUAAGUGCUGAAGCAGUGCGCAACACCCUCAGCCUCAUGCAUUCCUGCGGCAUGUACGACUUCUCUGGCCAGUUUGCCUUCCAUGUGGGCCUGCCAGCCAAGUCAGCUGUGUCGGGAGCCAUCCUGCUGGUGGUACCCAAUGUCAUGGGAAUGAUGUGUCUGUCACCACCACUGGACAAGCUGGGGAACAGCCACAGGGGCAUCAGCUUCUGCCAGAAGCUGGUGUCUGUCUUCAAUUUCCACAACUAUGACAAUUUGAGGCACUGUGCUCGGAAGUUAGACCCACGGCGUGAAGGGGGAGAAGUUCGGAACAAGACUGUGGUGAACUUGUUAUUUGCUGCCUAUAGUGGAGAUGUCUCAGCUCUUCGAAGGUUUGCCUUGUCAGCCAUGGACAUGGAACAGAAAGACUAUGACUCCCGCACAGCCCUGCAUGUUGCUGCAGCUGAAGGACACACUGAAGUUGUUAAGUUCCUGAUUGAGGCCUGCAAAGUGAAUCCUUUCGUCAAGGACAGGUGGGGCAACAUUCCCCUGGAUGAUGCUGUGCAGUUCAACCACCUGGAGGUGGCCAAGCUGCUUCAAGAUUACCAGGACUCCUACACACCACCUGCGACUCAGACGGAGGCCACGGCUGAAGCUCUGUCCAAAGAGAACUUAGAGAGCAUGGUGUGAGCACAGGGCGUGGACACAGUCCCUGUGCAAGAAAAGGCGCGAGUUGGCCGCACAUUUAACCCAUAACCACUGAAAACGUUAUGGAGAGCUACACUGCUUCCGUGGGGACCAAGAAAGUCAUUUGGUGACUUAGGCCAGUGCUUUUUGUGAGUUAAAAUACCCUAUUCCCUUGGCAGACAGAGCGUACAGAAGGGUCUUAGUGGACACUUGCAACAGAGCUACCCAGAGACCAUGGGCUUCUCUGAGGUACAGUCUAACGGCUUGGCCCACUCAAAACCUUCCCAAGUUUUCACCCAGGUCCCCUAUUCCUCUCCCUGUAGAAACCAUAACUGAGAGACACUCUGGUGGAGGGGCUCCUGCUACCACACACGUGUAUAUAUCCCAGAAGAAGGGAGAGGAGGACCUAUGCACCUGGAGAGAUCUGCCCCCAUUAGCCAGGACAUGCUGCUACUGCUUACAGCAAUUUUAUAGACAGAGAAAGUAUUUUGUGCUCCAAUAAACUUUAAUUACACAAAUCA